AUGACUAUCUUGCUUAUAGACUCAUAUGACUCAUUUACUUAUAAUUUGAGGAGCCUUAUUGAAGAAGCUUCGGGAGAGAAAGUCAUCACAAUUCAUAAUGAUUCACUUCCUGUCAACGAGCUGUCAAAAUAUUUGGACUUGUUCUCUGCAAUCAUAGUUGGUCCUGGACCUGGUCAUCCUAAGAUUGCGUCAGAUGUUGGUGUGAUUCCAGAUCUUUUCAAUGACGUUUUAACCAAUGUAAAGAUCCCUAUAUUAGGUAUUUGUUUGGGGUUUCAAUCUUUAUGUCUUUCACAAGGUUGUAAUGUUGAUAAAUUAAACUCCAUAAAACAUGGCCAAGUUUACAAAGUUGAACAUCAUGGAGAUCAACUGUUUCAAGGUAUAGAGCAAGGAUACAAAAGUGUGCGAUACCACUCUUUACAUGUUCCUAAACUAUCUGAUUCUCUGAAAGAACUGGCAUAUUGUGAUGAUGAAGGGGAAAAAAUCAUAAUGGCAGUAAAGCAUAAAGAUUACCCAUGGUAUGGUGUCCAAUAUCACCCUGAAUCCAUUUGUUCAGAAAAUGGGUCCAAUCUCAUAGUUAAUUUCAUUGAAAUUGCCAAAUCAUAUAAUAAAAUAAGUCGGGAUUUGAAAGUGAAUGAUAAAUUGAUAGACCAGUUGAUUUCCUCAAUUGAUGUUAGACCACUAAUACCAAUUUCAAAUAAGGACUUUUCAUCUAAGUACCUGAAAACUGAAGAAUUUCAAAGUCACAAGACGGCUUUAGAAAUUUGUGAAACUUUACAACAAAAUAAUAGAGAAUUUUUGCUGUUAAAUUCAGCUUCGUUCCCAGGUACUUGGUCUAUAAUUGGGUUACCAAAUGCAAAUUCAUUAAGGGUUACUCAUUCAACAGAAAAUAACGAAGUCAUAUACACUGAAAGAGAUGGUAAAAAGCUCAAAGAAAAUUGUUCAUCAGUUUGGGAAUAUAUUUCUGAAAUUAUGGAACGCAAAAUGGUUUCAAAUGAUACUGACUUCCCUUUCAUUGGUGGAUUCAUGGGUAUUUUCUCUUAUGAAGAAGGUGAUCAUAUUCAUAUCUCAAAUUUACCAAAAAUCACAAAGGAGAAUAUUCCAGAUACCAAGCUUAUAUUUAUUGAAAAUUUAAUUUUGGUGAAUAAUUUUACUAAGAAAACUUACAUUUUAUCAAUUGGUGAUGACAAUUUUAUUCAAGAUAUUAAACCAUUAUUGAACUUACCAAUUACUUUACCCCCAACUCCACAAGUCAUCAAAACUAAUGACAUCACUAGACCAGAUGAGCUCGUUUAUAAACAACAAUUUGAAGACUGUCAAAAACUUUUAGCAAGUGGUGAUUCUUAUGAAUUAUGUUUAACAUCAUCAACAAAAUUGAAAGUGCCAAAAGAAACUGACCCAUGGAUGAUUUACAAGACUUUAACUAAAAGAAAUCCAGCACCAUACUCUGCAUAUAUGAAUUUUGAUGAUUGCAUUUUAAUCAGUUCAUCACCUGAAAGAUUUAUCAGCUGGGAUGAUAUUAAAUGUGAAUUACGUCCAAUUAAAGGCACUGUCAAGAAAACUGAAGAUAUGACAUUUGAAAAAGCUUCUGCUAUAUUAAAUACACCAAAAGAAAUUGGUGAAAACCUAAUGAUUGUUGAUCUUAUAAGACAUGAUUUAUAUCAAUUAUUGGACAAAGUUGAAGUUUCAAAACUGAUGAGCGUUGAAGAAUAUUCAACUGUUUUCCAACUUGUAUCUAUUAUCAAAGGUUAUUUUUCAAAUACUUCAUACUCGGGUAUCGAUAUUUUAUCAAGAUCAUUGCCUCCAGGAUCAAUGACCGGUGCACCAAAAAAGAGAUCUGUGGAAUUGUUACAAGAUAUAGAAGGAGCUAGAAGAGGUAUUUAUAGUGGGGUUUGUGGAUAUUGGUCUAUAGAUAAUAAAGCAGAUUGGAGUGUCAUUAUUCGUUCAAUUUUCCACUAUAAAUCAGAUCUUGAAAAUGAUGAUGUUAAUAAUCUCUGGAGAAUUGGUGCUGGUGGAGCCAUCACAGUUUUAAGUGAUUCAGAAGGAGAAUGGCAAGAGUUAUUAACAAAACUAGAUAGUGCAUUACAAGCAUUUACAAAUUAA